AUGUCUUGGGCAGGCUUUAAGAAGAAUGUCAACCGUGCGACUACGCAGGUGAUGAUGAAGACCGGUCAUGUGGAGAGAACAAAUGAUCGCGACUAUGAGAUUGAGGAACGACGAUACCGGACUAUGGAGGGUGCGGCCAACAAGCUCCAAAAGGAGGCUAAGGGAUACUUGGAUUCGUUGCGAGCUAUGACUGCCUCCCAGAUGCGCAUUGCCGAGACCAUUGAUGCUUUCUAUGGUGACGCCGGAACAAAGGAUGGUGUGAGCCGAAGCUACAGACAAGCUGUUGAGGAUUUAGAUGCAGAGACUAUUAAGGCAUUGGAUGGACCAUACCGAACCACCGUCCUCGACCCCAUCUCCCGCUUCUGCGCCUAUUUCCCCGACGUGAACGAAUGUAUCAAGAAGCGCAACCACAAGCUCCUCGACUACGAUGCCAUGCGUGCCAAGGUUAAGAAGCUCGUCGAGAAGCCCGACAAGGAUGCUACGAAGCUGCCGCGUACCGAGCGUGAGACCGAGAUCGCUAAGCAGGCCUAUGAACAGUUGAAUGAGCAGCUUUUCCUUGAACUGCCUCAGCUGAUCGAUCUGCGCGCUCUCGUCAAGAUUCAGCUACGCUUCUGUGCGGAGGCGUAUUCUCGUAUGGCACAGGUACAGCAGUACCUUGAUGCAGAGACGAGGGACCAGUAUGCUCGUGGUGAUUUGGAUAAUCGGGUUGAAGAGGUAUUACAGGAAAUCCGGGAAUUAAGUAUUGCUGGAACUGUCUAG